AUGCAAUUUUCCACAUUAUUACAAUUAGCUAUGGCUACAGUUGCUGCAAAUGGUGCUGCAAUCAGUAUUAACCCACUUGAUUCAGCAUUAUCGAGUCUCUCGAUUCCAUCCGAUAUCCCAACAGGUAUUCCAACAGGUGUUCCAUCCGGUAUCCCAACAGGUGUUCCAUCAGGCGCUCCAUUUAGUGAAUCCGGUGAUGCAAAACCAACCAAAACUGGCGGUUUAUUUGGUGGUCUUUUCAAACGUAAUAAUAAUGAAGAAGGUCCACAAGCUCCAACAGGUACCCCACCAAUUCCAUCUGGAGUCCCAUCAGGUGUUCCACCUAUCCCAUCUGGAGCCCCAACCGGUAACUCAUCAGUUAUCCCAUCAGGUGCUCCAUCAGGUAACUCAUCAGUUAUCCCAUCAGGUGUUCCAUCCGGCGCCCCAUCAGGUGUUGCACCAAUUCAAUCUGGUGCUCCAUCAGGUUUCAAUAAUAACGAAAAGCGUGGUGAACAGUAUGGAGCUUCAUCAGGUGUCCCACCAAUUCCAUCUGGAGUCCCAUCAGGUGUUCCACCUAUCCCAUCAGGUGCUCCAUCAGGUAACUCAUCAGUUAUCCCAUCCGGUGUUCCACCAAUUCCAUCAGGUGCUCCAUCCGGUGUCCCAUCCGGUGUUCCACCAAUUCCAUCUGGUGCUUCAUCAGGUUUCAAUAAUAACGAAAAGCGUGGUGAACAACAUGGUGCUCCAUCUGGAGCCCCAUCCGGUGUUCCACCUAUCCCAUCUGGAGUCCCAACCGGUAACUCAUCAGUUAUUCCAUCAGGUAUUCCACCAAUUCCAUCAGGUUCUCCAUCUGGUGCUUCUGUUUAG